GAAGCAGCGAUCGGGCGUUCGUUGGUGGGUGUUAUGGGUGGUUGGUGGUAUUGAAAUGUUCAAUCUUUCUCGGGCCGCGGACAACGAAACAACAGGUUUCAGCUGUUGGCGGUUGGCGCGCGUUUUUAACCGCAUUCAGAAUAGUAGUUCCGUUAUAUCUGUAUUGAUCCAACAAAAUAUCAUCUAAAAAUAUAUCUAUCUACAUAUAUAUCGAUAUAUCAGUACAUAUUAAAAAAUCUCUACGGUACAGUAAAAGAUUCUAAAAAUUUUCGUCGGGUGCAUUCGAUUUGAUUCGAGAAUUUAUCUAUUCCGUAUCGUAUUCUAUAUAACAGUAUUACACCACAGUGGGGAGCAGCAGCAGCGGUAGUAGUAGAGCAGUACAAAAAAAACUCAUGUUUGUGGAAUUUAAUUGAAAUUUCUCCAACUCAGAAUUUCUUUGCAAGCACCUGUUGCUACGUGCAUUUCUCAAGCGUUUUCUGUGCGUCUUUUGUGCGUUUUGGCUGGAUCCUGCGCGGCUUCUGAGCAGGCUAACGAGCGUUUUCUGUGCGUUUAUUACUGUGGGGGAUUCGCGCGCGGGCAAUUCUACAUCGACGCGACUGCAUCAAGCGGAUGUCUGCAUCUUUGCUUGGAUCUAAUGCAUUUUUGUUUAAUUUUGUUUUUUUUUUUAUUUUCGUGAGAGUGCAGAGUGCAACAACAAAUACCAACCAACAACAAAAUAAAGUGAGUGGUUGAGAGUUCAUUUUUAAUAAAAGUUAAUUUAAACAACAAAAGCAGCUACAAGAAAAUCAAAGCAGUGGAAGAGGAAAAGCAGAGGAUAUUUAGAUAUCAUCUAUGAUAAUUGACGAAAAAUAUUGUGUGGACUUUAAUACCCAAUAUAUCGUAAAUAAGAUUUGUUAGCGUCAAACGGAAUCGUUGCCAAACGGAAACGGAAGUGAAGCCACACCACAACCCCAACCACGCAAAACGCCCCACCGACCAGUGAGGGAAGACGGUAGACCAGAGGGAAAGGGUGUCAUCUGGGAGUCAUCUGGAAGGGAAGGAGAAGCAUAUAACUGGCGAAGCAGACAAACAGUUGAAUAAUGCAAAUUAAAAUACAAUAAAAUGUAAAACACAACAGCAACAAGCUGGUGGAAAAUAGCAAGAAAAAGCACUAAAGUCACGCGAGUGAAGAGGGGAGAGUGAAGAGCGUGGAGAGUGGGUGGUGUUAGAGGUUGAAAUGCCCAAAAAUGCGUGUGGCGGCAACUUUUCCACUGAAUUGAUUUGAGCGGCGGCAACCAGUGCGUAUACGCGAUACGAGCUCUGUUCUGCGUUGCGUAUACGCGAUUUAAGACGGAGACGGCAAGCGAGAAUUUACAUAAUUUUGCUGCCGUGGCAUAAAAAACAUCAAAAACAAAUUGCAAGUAACAAAAGAAAUGGCCAUAAAAUGGCGCCAGCCUUGUAAAAAUAUAGCAAACGGAAAAGAGCAAAGGAAAAUAGAAGGAGAGAUAUCCUUACUGCCCGCUCAAAAUUAAUUUAUGCAGCGGCAGCAGCAGUAGCAGCAAACACCAAAUCAAAUACAAAUACGGUUAAAUAUCAGAAAAAAUAAUAGCAAUUAAAGCAGCGGACGGGGCCGCGAGAGGUGGGAGUAAGCGCGAGCGAACCGCGCGCCAAACGCAAGAGUCACAAAAGAAAAGGGUUCGCGAGGGUUGCCUAUAAAUGUACCAAGACAGCGGCUGCAGCAGCAGUAGCAGUCGACGUGGCAGCACCAGUGCAACAGCAGCAGCUGCAGCAGCACCAGGCGCUGCAACAGCAGGGGCUGCAACAGCAACAGGAACCAGCAGCAGCGACGAGGAAACCCUCGAGACACUCACAAUUAUAACCACAACCAUAACCGAGACCGAGAUCACUGCGGCUGCCACCACGGCAACGGCUACAGCGACAUCCACAACCACAACUGUUAUAGCCACAUCGACGGCAACGGCAACAACAGCCGCAACAUCAACAGUUGCAACCAGCGACAUCGACGACAGCAGCUUGGCGGAGAGUGAGAGCGAGGAGUGCGAGUACAUUGAGAUCGAUUGCCAGACAGCUCAGGGAUCUUCGGGCAACUGCAGCACCAGCAGUGGCAGCGGCAAGGGUAAUGCCGUGCUGCAACGUGGCAACCAGCAGCAACUCCAGCAUCCACAAUCGCACCAACAACAGUCAGCCACCACGCUAGGCGCCGAUGUGCGGCUGCUGCGCAAGAUCGGCUAUAUAGCAUCUCGGGUCCGAGGCCUGUCAAAAUUUUACGGCGACUUCCACCUGGUCAAUCCGUACAGCGCUCGUCGCCAACGCCGCCAGCUGCAGGAUAUCCUGCUAAAGCACUCGAUCUUCGAUCCGGGCAAGGAGCGGGAGCGCGCCGUUCUUUUGGCAGCUGCCGCAGUGGCAGUUGGAGCAGCAGCCCAGGCAGCACCGCUUCCAGGUAACAGCAGCAGCAGUAGCAUCGAGGCGGCCAGCAGUCACAGUCACAGCCGGAGUCGCAGUCGCAGCAGCGACCUGGAGGAGGAGGAGGAGCCCGAAGAGGAGUCACCCAACGAGGAUCAGUUGGAGCAGCCUGACGACACAGAAGCAGCCACCAUACCAGCAGGAGCAUCAGGAGCAGCAGCCACAGCAACCACAACCACAACCACAACAACCACCACGACCACGACUGUACGCCGCAAGUCCUCGAGCAGCUCGACGUUAAGCGGAGCGGCCGCCACCGUUUCCGGUUCCGUGUCCAUUUCGGCCUCCGCCUCGCAGUCGUUCGCCUCUACCAGUACUCCGAUCAACCUGCUGGAGGAGCUACUUAUCCAGUUCUACGAGGACCAGGACCAGCACCGCUGCAAGCUGACCGUCAUUCGGCACCAGCGCGUCUGCAACUCCCCGGACACCACCAACAACAACUGCAAUAACAUUUACAACAAUAAUAAUAACAACAACAACAACAACAACAACACCACCACCACUACCACCACCACCGGCCUGGCCCUCACCAUGUCCACAUCCAUGUCGAACAUGCCAGUCACCAGCCCGGACAAUCAGCAGCAGCAGCAACUGCCCGGCAGCUCUACCAGCCAGGUGGCAGGGGCUGCCACAAGCACCGCCUCCUACUUGCAGCCCACCAGCCUGCCCGACGACAGCGAGAAUCCCCGGCGGCGCCGCGCCAGCGAUUGCUCAGCGGUACAGGCGGCUCAAGCGGCGUUGUCGAAUCAACUGCACUGCAUUACGCUGAAGAACAAUAACUGCGCCACGGCGACGGGGAAGCUGCCCUUCCACCGCGGCAGCUGCGGCGCAGCCGGGGAGCACCUGCUCGCGGCAAACUCGAUCGCCAAUCGAGCCACCAUCAUUCUGAGUAAGUCCUGCAGCAAUGUGGACGGCGGUGGCACCGGCAUGGGCAUGGGCAUCGGUGUCGGUGUUGGAGUGGGCGUAGGCGUCACCAACCAAAUGCGUUCCAGUGCAACAAACAUCGAGUCGAAUACCCUGAACGGAGCCCAGGACGCCAUGGCCACCAUUGCCGCAGCGGCAGCCUCAAACAAUGGCAACGGCAACAACGAGUACAGCAUCCUUCAACUGAACAACACGAUCAUUCAAUGUCACUUCAACGAUGACGAUUUCCGCGCCCUGGUCAAGGAUCUCAAGCGCAAGGUCGAGUACACUGAGCGCAUGAAUUGGUUAUGUCUCUCCAAACGGCCAUUGGGACCGCCACAUCGUAAAAGCAGUCUACCAAAGCAUCAGGAGGUGAAGCGUCGUUUCCUGGAAAUUUGUGAUACCAAUUUCUCGGACGAAGUGAAGGCCGCCCUGCGCCUGCCCGCCUUCGAUUCGUACGAGUGGGGCGACGCCGAUGUCAUCCACCUGAUGCAGACCAUGUUCAUCGAGCUGGGAUUCAUUGAGAAGUUCAGCAUUCCUGCGGAGACGCUUCGCGAGUGGCUCUACGAGGUCUACAAGCACUAUAAUGAGGUUCCAUUCCACAAUUUUCGCCAUUGCUUCUGCGUUGCCCAAAUGAUGUACGCAAUUACUCGCCAAGCGAACCUGUUGAGCCGCCUUGGCGACCUCGAGUGUCUAAUCCUGCUGGUGUCCUGCAUCUGCCACGACCUCGAUCAUCCAGGCUACAACAACAUAUACCAGAUCAAUGCCCGCACCGAGCUGGCACUCAGAUAUAACGACAUCUCACCGCUUGAGAACCAUCACUGUUCGAUAGCAUUCCGUUUGCUGGAGCAUCCCGAGUGCAACAUAUUCAAGAACUUUAGCCGCGACACCUUCAACACCAUACGUGAGGGCAUAAUUCGCUGCAUCCUGGCCACCGACAUGGCCCGUCACAAUGAGAUCCUCACACAAUUCAUGGAGAUAACGCCCAUCUUCGACUACAGCAAUCGGGCCCACAUCAAUCUACUCUGCAUGAUUCUCAUCAAGGUGGCGGAUAUUUCGAAUGAGGCCCGACCCAUGGACGUGGCCGAGCCUUGGCUGGAUCGCCUGUUGCAGGAGUUCUUUGCCCAGAGCGCCGCCGAAAAGUCGGAAGGAUUGCCGGUAACGCCAUUCAUGGAUCCGGAUAAGGUAAGCAAGCCAGGAUCUCAGGUGCGCUUCAUCGGUCUCGUUCUGCUGCCCCUCUUCGAGGCUCUCGGCGAGCUGGUGCCGGAGCUCACGGAGCUCAUCAUCAUACCAGUGCGCAUUGCCCUGGAGUAUUACAGACGCCUAAACGAUGCCCAAACCAAGACGCGGAAGUCCGUUGCCGACAGUAACACUUCGGACAGCAACAGUGGCACUAUGGACUCCAAUGCAGCCAUGGUGAGCACACCGGGAGCGUCAGGCGACAAGAUGAUCAUCGACAAAGGCCACGGCAGCACCCAGGGCGGAGGCGCCGGCGGUACCACUGGCAGCAUCUCCCCCCAAAUGCCACGCUCUGGAUCCGGUAUUAGUGUGAAAUCGCGCCGUAGCAUCCCCUCGCAGAAGUCCGCCUCACGCACCUCCGUUGAUGAGCCCGGGGGCAUGGCAGCCGAGCUGCACGAUCUGCCCGAGGGAAGCGAAAGCGGCGACUCGGAGACGGCCACCGAGGUGGAUGUUGCCGAGAAGACCUCCAAGUUCAAAGUAGACACGGAGGGCAGCAGCAACCGGAGCAAGUCGUCGCACUCGAACUCGCGCAAGUCGUCGCGCGAGAAGCGCCCAUCGAUGAUCGGGGAGCUGUGCAGUAGCGGCGGGGGCCAGCGCAUACGCAACUCCUACGGCAACAUCCACGGCUAUCACACCAAUCGCUGUCACUUCGGCAACAAUAGGGCCGUGAGUCUCGACCAGUACAGCAGUGGCCACAGCCGGCGUCUGUCCGACGGUCUGCCCCAGGUGAUCUCCGACAGCAACGUAUUCUACGGACGCCACCACCAACGCAGCGGCCCCGAGUCAGCUGGAGCUACAGCCACACAGCGUGGCCAAGAGGACACCAAUGCCAACACGAGUGCCGGAGCCGGAGCCAGAGCUGGGAGCAAUAUCCAGCUAAAUGAACUGCUGGCCCGCACCGAAGCGGACUCAGAUGCGGAUGGCGAGAUCAGUGCCGCAGAGAUUCUGGCGUCGACAGCAGCAGCAUCGUCACCGGCAAGUGUCCCCCUGUUGGCAGAUGUCGCGGCAAGCGCCUCCUCCAAUGGCAACGUGUCGCCCAGUGGACAGCAGCUGGAGCAGAUCGGGUUGGCCAGCAACGGCGGUAGCAGCAGUCGGGCCACGCCCAGUGCCAGCCAGGCCGGAGUCACCGCAGUGUCGAGUGUUGUCGCCAUGGCCGGCGGAGCGCUUGGCGGAGCCGGUGGCAGCUCCGGUAACUCCGGCUCCGGCUCCGGUUCGUGGAAGUCGCGGCUGCGCCAGUUCUCGGACUACUUCAGCUUCAGCUUUGACAAGGGCAACAAGCGCUUUGGCAGCACCCGCAGCAGUCCCUGCCAUGGUCGGGCCAACAACAAUGGAACCGGACCCGCACUUAGUACCGGCGACAGCAACAGCGCUUUGGAUGCGGCCAGAGGAGGAGGUUCAGGACUAGAAGCUGGUUCUGGGUCUGGAAUGAGUGGCGGUAAGCCGCCGUCCAUAUGCUGUACCAUUUCGAAUAGCCAGCAAGCGACAUCGGGCGGAGCUGGAGCUGUAGGUGGCGGAACGAUGCACCGUCAUCGGGCCUACAGCCUGGAUGUGCCCUGCAGCCGCGACCAGGGAAUGACACGCCACUCGUCCAACGACAGCAGCCGCCAGUCGUCUCGCCACGACGACAGCAACAACACGCUGCACAGUGCAGGCGGUGGAGCCGGCGAGGUCCCCGGUAUACGCAUCGCAUCCGUGGACGGGGUCGUGGUCAUUCCACCCAGCCUCAACGUUGAACUGGAGCUUGGACUGGCCAGUGCCUCCUCUUCGGAGGUAGUGCCAAAGAUUUGACAACAGGGGAGCACCUACGACUCCAGCACCGAAAAGACAGCCACCGAUAUCUCGCUGUCCCACCCGGUGCCCAUCCUGGCCCUGCUCCCGCCGGAGGACAUCGAUGACGAUGAGGAUGCGGAAGAUCCGGAGCACCAGCUGCAGCCGGACGCCGCCAGCAACUGCGAGGUCUCCGCCAUAUCCAUUACGGUAUGGUCAGCCAUCGGGCAGCGGCUCAACGCCCUCGUGUGCCAUUGCUGCGAGCGCAAGUUGCCGGAGCCCGAGAAUGUCUAAAUGACUUGCCCCCCAGAGGCACCCCCGCCCGUGACAGCAGCUGUUGGAAGGUUUGGCAGUCGACUGUUGUUUUAAUCGAUUUUUCCUCUCCUUGUUUUUUGUUUACCACUUAAGUAUUUUUUAUUUAUGUACACCCACACAUACAUACACCCACACAAAUAUAUACUGCAUAUAUAUACCACAUUCAAUCGAUAACUGAUCCACAUCAACCCUAAAUAUGAUUGGCAUCUAGAGACUUCUUCUACCUUUUGGUUACCCGAAGAUCUAGUUAUAGAUCUACAGAAUAGUUUAUUCACAAAUGUCCGCUCAGACCGGCCGAUAAAUAUAGUAAUUGUAAGAAACAAAAAAUACCUCUUUUUAGAGAAUUUGUGAAGACGCAACUUUUUAUGGAUAUACAUAUGUAUCUCUCGAUUAUAUAUUCCAGGGCCAGUUCGGCGAAUUCGAAACAUUCAAAAACAUAAGGCAGUCCCGACUGACUAUUGAUCGGCCCAAGUGCAAUCAAAAAGUAAUAUUAUUUCGGAAAAAGUGACGGAAAAGUGUGUGGCCAUUUCUUAAGAGUAUAGCGCCUAAUCAGAAAAUAGCAUACCUUUGUCGACAGCUUUGAAUUCCAACAGCCGAUAUGAUAUAAUGACAUCCAUCAUACGAAAAAUAUGGAGAACCAAAAGGAAAACCAACUCCCAGAUACCCUCAAGGCCACUUUUUCAAAUUAGUUUCAUCGGAUUUUUCUCGUUAAAAUUUCAAAGUAAUUGAAUCCGAGAAUUUCGCGUUACAUAUUGUCUUCAGCUUGUUCUUCUACUAUAGGCUCUGAGCCGGCCAUUUCCUGAGCAUUUUCCCAUUUUACCAGAAGCCCGAAACAGUCGUGAGCCGAGAUGUUAGGCCCUGUGAAGAGUCGAACGCCAUGCCCUCCAAGUGGCUACCGAGCCGCACUGAUUGCCAGACAUCAGUGUGGGUCCCAGACCCAGACCCAGACCCAGUCCCAGUCCCAGUUGCAGUUCCAAUCUCGUUUUCAUGCGAAAUUCACGAAUAAUUACGCAAAACAAAUUUUCUGCCAUUGCGAAUGCAGUGGGGCUUGGCCUUUCAUUCGGAGUUGCAAUCUGACCAGCUAUAGUCCUUGGUCCCAGGACCGACGUCUGCCUAAUUCCAUUUGUCAGUUGCGCGGUUCGAUGUUGCUUUUUCCUCCCCUAUUUCUGGUUGCUUUUUUGUUUUUGCAUCCCCCCAGCCCCAGCCGAGUCCCAGCCGAGUCCCAAUCCUAUUCCCACUCCUGCAGUCCCUAGAAAGUCAUCAAGUUUUUGGCAGGAUGGCCGCAGGAGCGACUUUCAUGGUGAUACAAUUGGGUUUUUACAGCUGCCGAAGCUGGAGCCGAUUCUCAUGCUGGCUCUGAUGCAGUCCGGUGUUUAUGUUGUUGUUGCUGAUGACAGCACUCAAUUAGUGGGUGGAUAGUGAAUUGCAGUUACUACAUAGAAGAAGCAAUGUGUGAUUACAUUGACAUUUUCACGAUUUUGAUUAUUCACGAAAUUCGGUUGCAAUUUUCAGCUGCUACUUUGGCGGAGGCUGGGGUCGGGUGCUGGGUCCAUGGCGAACCCCCAACCCCCAAUAUCAAUUUGCGAAUCGAGUUUCGAAUCUCCUCGGAACGAAUGAAACAAACUCUAUCCACAUAUCCAGCGAAUGGGGCAUAGGAGACCAGGAUCUGUCAUUAUUGCCUAUGUAAAUUUCUGUAUGUAAUUAUGUUAAGUAUAGCUCUGCACAUACACACACCAGAACACACUAACUCGCAUUCACAGGAGGGCUCUGUAUGUGCGAGCUGAUGAAAUGUGCUGCCUACUUUUCAGGGAAAACUUUGAGCCGCAAUGCCGAUACUUUGAUUCAAUUAUAAACUAGACAGCAUCGAGUUUCGAAUAAUCAAAUUAUGGAAUUCUAGAUGGAAUACAAUGUAUUGUACGAGUAGAUGGAAGAUGGAACUUAGAAGUUAGGAUUAGCCGAGCUGGCCCUUGGUACACAUUUAAACCGUAAAAAAUGUAUUUAUUUUUUUUGGUCAAACUUAAGCUAAUGAGCAUUCAAUUGGCGACGGACCUGAAGAAGGCUUAGGUCGAAGCUACAGUUUAGCUUAAGUUACAGCUAAAACCAAAGUCAAUAGGUGUUUACUUGAUGUACAUUUAAGUGUCUAGCAAAUCGCAACCUUAUCGAGCAGAACAAAUUAACUUAUUGUGCAUUGUAAUUGCAGCCUCUGUGUAAUUUUUCCCUUUACAAAAAAUGUGUGUUGAAUUUGAUGUUAAUACUGAUAUUGAUGUUGAUGUUGAUUUUGACUCUGGUGUCUUAAGUGCAUGUGAAUAUUUGUUGCAGAGCAUAAGUCAUUGAAUAGUAUACAGUACGUAUGGUAUAGCCGCACAGGAUUGGUGGGAACAGUGGGUGGAACUCGCGAGCUCCGAUCGCUAUGCGGGUCUGCUAUACGCGUAGUUAGACUUUUGAGGACGGCUGUCUAGUCGUUAGAUUAACGAACGUAUUGAUGUAGGUACAUACAUUUAUCUGUACCAAGAUCAACCAAGAGAAUUUCGAUUCCUACAUGUACUCGUGUUUUGAUGUGUAUGGCUGUACCUAAAGCAAAUUAAAGUCUAGCAACCAACUCGUACUCCAAAUUAAAUAGCUAACACAUCAAAUUGAUUUGUUGCCUUAUACUAUUGUACUACUGAUUCUACUACCACUAUACGACCACUGCUGCGUGGAGCUGUGUUGGUGAGCUUUCGAAGCCUCGGCCGUACGCACCGCCGCCGGACCUGAUUGAGUGCGCGUGUGCGUUUGAGUCGUUGCUCUCCGAGUCGCAGCAUUUUAUACUUAUAUUUACUCGUAUGGAUGCAUAUUGUUUAUGGCCCCAACUUCCCUACUUCCCUUGUUUUGAAUGAAAAAGAUAAAGACUAAAACUUGAAUUUAAACGAAAACCAACAAAUGCAAACAAAACAAACAACUUUCCAAAAAAACCAAAACAAACAAAAUGUAAAAAAAAUAAAAAAAAAAUAUAUUUAUCUUAAAGAUACCACAACUACAAAUCAUACAAAAAGAAACUCUAGGUGUUUUACAAAUGUAUAAAAAAAAAUCAAAAGAUAACAAACCCAAAGGAAUAACCAAAUGUAAGCCAUUUUAAGUAUAAUUAAACUAGUUUAUACAUAACUCUAAAAGAAACAAAAACCCAAACAUACAUAUUUGCAGACCAAGCAAGAUCUUGGCAAGAAACAAAGCGAGAGAAGGUCCUGAUUCGGCUGGCCGAACCAAAAUAUACCCCUGCAAUGAAUUAUAUUUCACAUGAGUAUUUGGGGAUAUUUUGUAGCCGUAUGUUACUGAUGGGCUUUUGGGCAUAUCCGUCAGAUCAGAUGACCACGACCACGUUUCUUUUGUGAAAACUUCUUUCCCAAUCGAUCAUUUCUAGAAUAGCUAUAGAAUAUUACCGGCGGAGUCCAAUGAAAAGACCGCAACAAGAUCUACACAGGAAUUAAUGAUGACACCCUUUGCAGGGGUAUUUCACAUCAUAUUCGGUGUUCAAGAAUACUCGUAUAUUAAGUGUACUUUCUGGCAGUCAAUUAAACGCUUUCCCUCUUCCGAAAGUUGGUUGCGAGCGAUGGGGCCCACAACUUAUGGAUCUGAUCUGAUCCGUGUAUCCGGGCCGGUAUAAUAAGUUCCAAUGGCAAAUGUUUGUGUGUACCUAUGACAUAUUUGAAUACUUAGACAAGGAUAUGAGCAAUUUGGACCAACUUGACUAAACUCACCCCCUAUGCCACUAAGCAAAAACAGAAGCAGAUACAGAACUCUUUACUCGUGCAUAUGUAUGCAUGUGUAGAUGUAACAGACACACACACGAACACAGACAAACGGACACACACAGACAUAAUCUUUGUAACAGUAGGAGUAGCACUACAUAUCGCCUUAACUGCAAGCGCGUAGGUCUCUACAAAAAUGACCUGUCGUCAAAACGAGCAGAGAGCAACACAAACUAACUUAUUAAAGAGCAGAAAACAAGAAAACCAAGAAGAGAGGUGGCAUCUAUAAAACCAAACAGUAAAACAGAAAGACAAGAAAAUAAUGAAAUAUUGAAAUAGGGAGCUAUGUAUAUAACAAAAAAUGCAGCAAUGUUCCCAUUUUGACUUUCGUUUCCGUUCUGCGAUCUCACAUUCAUAUGCAUUUUUUUGUUAGUGCUAUUAUUUUCUAACGUAAACAUAUCGUCUGUCAACUGAACCAUACAAUAUAUACAUAUAAUAUACAUGUACAUAUAUGUAUAUGGCUCCAAUUUUAACAUUUGAACGAAUCAAAUCCGCUGAGUAAAAUAUAUACAAUUUCCAAUCUAAAAUUUACGAUUUUCAUCUAUUUCCGAAUGUGCGAUUUGGCGAAGCAAAAUUCGGCUGAUUCGGGAGAAAGUGAAAAUGGGAACUCGCCCUUUGUCCAUACCAGAGAUGCAGAGAGGUAGACGGGGAUGAUGAUGGGUGCAAAGUGUAUAUUAGGCAUUAUUAUGGAUCUACAACGUAGAGCGUUCAAAUUCACCUUGGAUCGACCUACAUAAAUACAUCUUACCCUUUAUAGUUUCGUACGUAACUUACAAUGCAGCAUACAAACAAAAAUACAAAAAACUAAAAAUUCAAGAGAAAAAUUGCAAAACGGUUUCCAACAAUAAAACAUUCUUAAACACACACACACACUCUCAAAUUUUCUGAGUACGUGGCUUUAUAGGAGCUUAAAUUUGUCCAAAUGCACCUUGGCAUCCUCAUCCCCAUCCUCAAGCAAAGACAAACUCAAGGACACAGCCGAGAAGCUUCUCAACAAAUGUGCAAAGAGAGAAUUAUAAAGAUAGGGGAAUAGAGAGACGCUUCAAAGAGCCCCCUUAAAAAAGUGCUUCUCGCAGGAGAAGAGAAUUUAUAGAGAAUCACCUUAUCCGCUGAGCUGUCCCCUGUGUCAGCGUCAACCACCGAUAAUGGACCACACAAACGCAUGAUCCACACCCGACGAUACCCCAAAUGUAUCCCUGACAUAGCGCUCUCCUCCAGACUCGAUAAAAAAUGUUUCAUACGAUUCCACUACUAAAACUAAAACAUUAACUUUAACUAAACCUACUAAUAUGUGUAAUAGUGACCCUCCUGACAAAGCCUUUACUUCAAAACACACACAACAAAAUACAAAGACUAACGUUUUAAUAUACAAACCCAAAAAUAAAGCUAAACAAACAAAAAAUAAAGUAAAACUUUAAAUUAAAUUUUAAGCAAGAAAAAAUAAACCAAACAAAAUUCAGCAACAGCACUCUUCGGCAGGCCGAAGCUUAGAUGCUCUCUCAACGACCGCAUAUGUACAAAUGUACACAAACUCACACUCACACAGCCGUAAAUAGAAAGCUACAUGUAUUAUAUAUAUAUAUGCCUGAUCUACUUGCUCUUCAGUGUACUAGAAACGGUUUUUUCUCCUCAUUCUGAAAGAGAAUCCAACACAGAAAACACGAGGCCUGGGAUACCCUUGCGAAAUGUAUGAUAUAUGUAUGUACGGAUGAGGUGAUACGAUAUCCAAAAUCGAAGACUAUUGAUGAUCAACGACCAAUUGGCGAUACAAUUUCUGCUUGGGUGUCCGUUCCUUGUAAUAUCGUAUACGGCUUUUGCAGGGGUAUUACAACGCCAUAUACACUUUCAAGUUUUAUGUCAAUGAAUCUGAUCGAUAUAUACAUACAAUAUAUAUACUAUAUACAUAUACCGAAUAGAACUAUAUAUACAUAUAUACAAAUAGCUAUAAAUUUUAAGAAAACGCAAACCAAUUCAGAGUGCAAGCACUCCUCCCAGACAAACCGUGCAGAAUCCGUGCAAAUCGAGAGGAAACUUCUUGCAACUCUGGUAAUUCUGGUAACUCUCUGGUAACACAUAAACAGUGGGGCAUAGAUCCAUGGAUCCCCUAACAGAAUUCUGAAAAAGAUACUUAAACAUUUUACCCGACUCUAUUGUGUUGUUUAAGCUACAAAAAAAGUAUAUAUUUAAAGGCAGAACAAAGAAUAAGUGUAAAUUAAUUAAAUAUGCAUGCAUGCAACGGCAAACUGGCCACCCUGUAACGUGUGCACUUGGCAACACAGCAAUCAGCAAUGCCCCUCCACUCCCCAAAGCCCCCAAAACCCCAAGAACUAUAUAUAUUAUAUUGAUAUUUUUCUGAUCGAAUGAAAACAAUUCUGAGAAGACACCAAAGAGUAAAGAAAACCAGAGUAAAUUCUAUGUAUACAAUGAAAAAAUCCAAGCAAGAUGGAAUAAAUAGUUACAUACACAUACCUAUACCUAUACAUAUACAUAUACAUAUACAUAUAUAUAUACAUAUAUACAUAAAUACAUACAUGGAUGUAUUAUAAAACUCUUGGCACACUGGAAUCGCGGGGGAACGGAACCCCCCUGAAACUCAAAUCAAAUCACACACCCCACAUCCAUGCCCAAAAUAAGCGAUAGGGAAGACACAGGAAAACUAAAAUACAUUCUAUGAAACUUUUCCCAAAAUGCAUUUAAGUGGCACACAAAUAUUUAAAUGAGAUCAA